GCCAGCCCUGGAGGGAAGUGCUACGUCAUAGGCGUCGGCCACCAAAACCUUAAUUUACGCGUCGACGCGUCGACGCGUAAAUGAAAUUCUUGGCUACGAGUUUUCUUUUGUUUCUUCAAUUGGCGUUUUCGCAACGAACAUACAGUCAGGAACUUUGGUAUGACACGGUCUAAGAAGGAGGAGUUGAUUAUAUGUUGGGAUGAAUAUGCAAACCAACUGCUGAAAGGUGAGUGGAAAUACUUCACCGAGUCACCUGCCAUAGCCCACGACAAAACAGAUGAACUGUGCCGAGGAAAAACAGGAAAGGAACGUGUGGACGCCGUAUAUGAAUUCCUUAGGCCACAGCUAAAUAAGCUCGGAAGCCUUAUCUCUAUGCUUUCAGAGACCAAAACGAGCAUGUCUGUCGAGUGUGUUGAUCGAGAAGCAGACAAUUGCCAGAAAUUUUGCACGGCUGCUCGUCAGAGCAUCUUCACGUUUCUCCGUGACUACAGCCAAGAACUAUUGAGCAAGCAACGUGCUGAUCAGAGCGAGCACUGGUUCUACGAUUUCCACGCGAGAAUUUUGCUCGAGCAAUUCUUUGCGAAAUUUCAAAACCUAGCUAACGAGUGGAAACUCUUCGUUGUGCGUUUGUUACGACAUCUGAGAGUGGCAGACGCAGCUGCAGACUCAAUUGCCGGCUCUGGGAACAAGCUGGCGCCCUAAGCUGUGGGAGGAAACAUUAUCAGUGCUUGGUUCAUAUGUCUAGUCAUUGUUUUAUCGCGUUACUGAACGUCGAUUGCAUGCUUUGAAAGGCAUGUGAAUGCUUGCAGGAGCAACAACAAUCUGAAAGACACAUACUACGUAUGAUUGCGCCUCGCCGACUUGUGAAUGUAAUGGCACAAAGUAAGCUUUGGAGCUGUUGCUUCUUUGACGCAAGGACAGGCGUAUCAAAAGUCACAUCCAGUCGCGUGCCAUUGCGCGCCGGUCAUAAGUAUUAUCGUCGCAACGAGCAGGCAGCGAAGAGUCGUGAAGUAUGUAACGAACACAUGUAUAGGCAAACUAGACAAAAAAUGAGCGUCCGGUGCCGGAUAAACUGGAUUUGGGGUCAUUGGACGCCAAUUCUUCUUUUAUUGAAAACAGAUGUUACUGAACAGUACAACAGUCCUACAAAAAAUGACAAAACUAGCGAGGGAAAAUUCGGUCCAAAAAUAAAUUGAGGGAAUAAUUCCAUCUCAGUAAAAAUCAAAAUAAAUUCCAAAAAAUACGUAAAAAAAUCUAAAAAAAAGCACAAAAAAUAAAAUAAUUAUUGCAACCACACAAGCAGCUCAAUUCAAACUUUAAGGAAUGUGAUAACCCUCAAUUCCCGAUUCCCCGUCCUGCUAAUCCCCUUUGGCUAUCCU